UAAAUCUAAAUGUAUUUUGUGCAUUAUGAUCGUUCUGCACAUAAAUCCAAUUCAGUUGAUCUGGUAGCCUCAACGUCGACAUCAAAAGCAGAAGCAGCGGUGGUGAUCGAAAGAAAAUAAAGACAUUUGCAAUUGGAUUUUCGGAAUUAUAAUAAAUAUAAAGAUAUUUUCGAUUCUGUUUUAAAUUAUUUAUAUAGAUUUGUCCGUGUUUUUAUUAUAGUGUACAGUGAACUAUAAAAUUUGGUAGCACGUUUUUGUAUUGGAAAAUUAAAGGAACGGUAAGGGUGGUAUUCCGUACAAAAUACGACAGCAAUCAAGCAGGCAUCCAGCUGAAGCACUACCAUCCGUUUGCGAACGUCAGAAUAGUAGUAGAAGCAUAAAGUUAAUUCGAAGGCCUUUCGCUCUAACAACAGACACCUUUACGCGUGUGUAAUCAGAGCAGUAAACACCGCCGUCACCAUUAGCGCCGCUGGUGCAGUGCGGAAAACGAACUAUGAGCGCCGCUAAAAAAUACAAGCUUAUGGACACAGGUGAUCAAUUACAGGACACGGAGAAUUAUACAAACAAUCGUUUAAAGAAACAAGGCGAUAACAAUUUUUAUAGUCCCUCGACUUCGGCUCGUUGUGCGUUGGGACAAAAUUUGCAUCAACCCUCAGCUGCGUCAAGUUCUCAAUUGUCGUAUAAUAUGAAUAAUAGCAAUAGCAGUUUGGGCACUAACGGUGAAAGGCGUGCUAAUUUCUCAAUGUUAGAUGGGGCACAUAUGAACGAUCAUCGCUCAGCCACAACUACCUCAGCGUACUUUAAUAAGAUGGGCGCAAAUAAUGCCUCCAAGCCGGGAGAUGUUAAAAAAAUUGUAAUAAAAAAUUUCAAGAUGAAACCUACACUGCCGGACAAUUAUUCGGAGCAUACUUGCGAAAAAUUGCAAGAAGCAGUUGUCGCAAUUCAACUGUCAAAGCCAAUUAGGUAUUCAUUAGAAGAGCUGUAUCAAGCUGUGGAAAAUAUGUGCAGCCAUAGGAUGGAUGCGCAGUUAUAUGGAAAACUUAGAGAGCUUACCGAAGCUCAUGUGAAACGCAACGUUGAGUCAUUUACAGGCGCGAGUAUGGAUAAAUUGGUGUUCUUGAAAAAGAUAAAUGGUUGGUGGUUAUCAUUUUGCCAACAAAUGAUUAUGAUGCGCAGUAUAUUUCUAUAUUUGGAUCGGACGUAUGUUUUGCAAAAUCCUACUGUUCACUCAAUAUGGGAUAUGGGCUUGGAUUUAUUUCGGACUCAUAUAGCAAUGAAUGAAAAAGUACAAAAACGUACUGUGGAAGGAAUACUUAUGCUAAUCGAAAAAGAACGUACGGGUGAUGCGGUGGAUAGGGGAUUACUUAAGAGUCUCAUACGAAUGUUAUGUGAUUUGCAAAUUUAUAUUAGUGCUUUUGAAGAUAAAUUCCUUAUUGCAACAAAGCAAUUGUAUCAGCUUGAAGGACAACGUAAAAUGCAAGAAAUGGAUGUGCCCGAAUAUUUACGACAUGUAGACAAACGAUUGGCAGAAGAAAACGAACGACUCUUGCACUAUUUAGACUCUAGUACCAAGUAUCCUUUAAUUUAUACAGUAGAAAAGGAGUUACUUGCAGAACACCUUACACACAUCCUACAAAAAGGUCUGGAUACCCUCUUGGAAGAAAAUAGACUGAGUGAUCUCACACUUCUGUACAGCCUUCUGAGUCGAGUCAAAAAUGGCACUGCCGAACUGUGCGGCAACUUUAACGGUUACAUUAAGAAAAAGGGACGUACCAUUGUUAUAGAUCCUGAAAAGGAUAAAAGUAUGGUACAGGAUUUGUUGGACUUUAAGGAUAAAAUGGAUGUGAUCGUGCGCACAUGUUUCGAACAUAAUGAAAAAUUCACGAACUCUUUGCGAGAGGCUUUCGAAUUCUUCAUAAACCAACGAGCGAAUAAACCGGCCGAAUUAAUAGCUAAGUAUGUAGACAUGAAACUGCGUGCUGGAAAUAAGGAAGCCACAGAAGAAGAAUUAGAACAGAUACUUGAUAAAAUCAUGGUGCUGUUUCGUUUUAUACAUGGCAAAGAUGUCUUCGAGGCAUUUUAUAAGAAGGAUUUGGCAAAACGUUUACUGGUUGGAAAAUCUGCAUCAGUUGAUGCUGAGAAGAGCAUGUUGUCCAAGUUAAAGCAAGAAUGUGGUGGUGGAUUCACCUCGAAGUUGGAAGGCAUGUUCAAGGAUAUGGAGUUGAGCCGCGAUAUAAAUAUUGCAUUUAAGCAGUAUGUCGGAAAUACGGAUACAGAGAUAACCAGUAUGGAUUUGACUGUCAAUAUACUAACAAUGGGCUAUUGGCCCACAUAUCCCUUAACUGAAGUCACUAUGCCACCACAACUUGUGAAUCCGCAACAAGUUUUCAAUAAAUUUUACUUGGCUAAGCAUAGCGGUCGUAAGCUCCAAUGGCAGCCAACACUGGGUAAUUGUGUGCUUAAAGCGCAGUUUGAUGCGGGUCCCAAAGAGCUAUUGGUUUCGCUGUUUCAAGCACUUGUGCUCUUACUGUUCAACGACAAAAACGCAUUGAGUUUUGAAGAAAUCAUUGCUGCUACAAAUAUUGAAGAUGGAGAACUGCGCAGAACCUUACAGUCGUUAGCUUGUGGGCGUGCGCGUGUUAUUACGAAAACCCCAAAGGGUCGUGAGGUGGUGAACAAAGAUUUGUUCCAGUAUAACAAUGAAUUUACAAAUAAAUUGUUCCGUAUAAAAAUCAAUCAAAUCCAAAUGAAGGAAACGACGGAAGAACAAAAAGCAACAGAAGAGCGCGUUUUCCAAGAUCGACAAUAUCAAAUUGAUGCAGCCAUUGUGAGAAUAAUGAAAAUGCGUAAAACGCUUAGUCACAACCUGCUCAUUGGAGAACUCUUCAAUCAAUUGACAUUUCCUGUUAAGCCGGCUGAUUUGAAGAAACGCAUUGAAUCACUUAUAGACCGCGAUUAUAUGGAACGCGACAAAGAUAAUCAAAAUCAAUACAAUUACGUUGCUUAAAUUAUGAUUUCUAUACAUAUAAGGGCUCUACGACAGUCGACAUCGCUCGCAAGCAAGCCCUUUUUCCAUUAUCAGCAUCUAACAUGUAAACAUUACUUCAUUCGCAACAUCAAAUAAAACAAAAGAAAUUAAUGAGCGGUUACUCACAUCAUAUCCUUUUGCUUUACAAACGUAUAACAGUUUAAAUGUCGUUAUAUAUGUAUUAAAUAACUAUGUGUUUAAAAAGGCAUAUUCGGACAAAAAAUGGAUAACAACAAAGUUAAGCUAGCACUGAGCCAAAGUUCUAAAGCUUGCCUUGAUUGAAGAGAAUAAAAGAGAAAAAGCCGAGAUGAUACCCCACCAUAUCGGCUUAUAAAUUUGUAUAUCUAAAAUUAGUUUCCUUUUAUAAACUUAUCUUAUUUUCAAACUUUUGCAGACUGCACUGUAUAAAUAACUACUAUUAAAAUGAAGUAACUUCUUACGAAUGUUCCCAGAUAAAUAUAUACACACCUGUUACUCUUCUUCUGA